AUGCCGGCACCUCGCUCAUGGCCAAAGAAGGAGCCGCCCCGCCGCCGGCCCCCGCGGCCACCCCGCCCCCGCGCCGGGCCCGCGGGCGCCGCCUCACGCAGCGCGGCGGGGCCGCCCCGCCUGGGCCGGGGGGCAGCAGAACCACAGGACGGGCCAGGUCGGGAGGGACCACACUGGGUCAUCUGGUCCGACCUCCCUGCCCCCUCUCGAGUGAGGGAGACUCCACAACCUCUCUGGGCAAUCUCUUCCAGUUCUCGGUCACCUCCACGGUACGUAAUCACAUUGAUGAGGUCCCCUCUCAGUCACCCCUUCUCGAGGCUGAAGAGGCCCAAGCUCCCUCAGACAUUCCUGCGUCACCUGCCCCGCAUCGGUGCCCGGCCACCGCACACCUGGACACGCGGCAGCCGUGUGGUGCCUCUGCUCCUCUCUGUCAUCAUCUGGGGCACAGAGAGACCCCGGGCUGCCCUGGUGCUGUCCCCCCUCCCCUUUGUGACAAAAGCAGCAAAACCUGGACCAGCCAAAAGCAGCAUAAACUCUGGCUGUAGUUAAACCAGAAGCUAUGGGAGGAAUAACGAUGUUUUCAAUAUCUAUAUUAACUCUGUGUGAGAUGGGAGCUGUUGGUACGAGGAUCUGCAUUCCAGAACUGAUCUGUAUGGUUGGUUCUUGGUUUGC